CAGCGGAGGUGUGAGCGGCGGCCGCGGUCGGUGGCUCGGAGGACCCAGCCGGGCGCGGAUUCACGGAGACCCCGAGACCCUGAGAGGAGCAGCAGGCGCCAUGUCGGAGCCGGCCAGGGAUGCUCGUCCGAUCCCGCGUGGCAGCAAGGCCUGCCGCCGCCUCUUCGGCCCGGUGGACGGCGAGCAGCUGCGCCGAGACUGUGACGCGCUGAUGGCCAGCUGCGCACAGGAGGCCCGGGAGAGAUGGAACUUCGAUUUUGUCACCGAGACACCGCUGGAGGGCGACUUCGCCUGGGAGCGCGUGCGGGGCCUCGGCCUGCCCAAGCUCUACCUGUCCCCGGGGCCCCGGGGGAGCCGGGACGACCUGAGAGGGGGCAAGCGGCCCAGCACGUCACCUGCCCUGCUGCAGGGGACAGCCGAGGAGGACCACGUGGACCUGUCGCUGUCCUGUACCCUCCUGCCUCACCCCCCUGAGCGGCCUGAGGGGUCCCCGGGGGAGCCUGGCACCUCUCAGGGCCGAAAACGGCGGCAGACCAUCAUGACAGAUUUCUACCACUCCAAACGCCGCCGGAUCUUCUCCAAGAGGAAGCCCUAACCUUGCGCUCCUGGAAGCAUGGGGCUCCCGUGGGCCCCUGCCCCAUCUUUGGCCUUGGUCCUUCAGUUUGUGUGUCUUAAUUAUUAUUUGUGUUUUAACUUAAAUUCCCCCCCAUGUACAUACUCUGCUUGCCACCCCCGACCCCAGCCUCUGGCAUUCUAAUUAUUUAAAAAAACAUUAGACAGCAGAAUGAUAGGCUGAUUAGAGGGCUAGGUAUUUUUAUUAUGCAAUUAUUUAAAACCCCCUCAUCCUCUGCUCUCCGUUUCCUCUCUCCCCAAGUCAGGCGGGGCUGGCAUGACCCUCAGCCGCUGGGGGCUGCUCUCCAGAGGGGCCUGGCUCCCUCGGCUCACUAUCUCCUGGGCUUUAUAAGGUUCUGCCCCUUUCCUGCAUCCUCAGAUCUGAAUUCCUUACAAUUUGAGAAGUAGACAGAUAGCACUUUGAAGGGGGCCCAGCAGAGUGGGGGAGUCAUCAAGACUUUGGAGCGCCCUCGCCUCCUCUAAGGUGGGCAGGGUGACCUUGAAGUGGGCACAGCCUAGGACAUGGCUGGGGACUUGGCACCCUCCUGGCCCCUGACCCCCCACUCUGUCCUGUGAAGCCUGGGGUAGGUAGGGUCCCGUAGCAAGCCACCCCGCCUCCCCGCCCACCCCUCUGCCGCCCACAGGGUAGCCAGCCUCAGUGUUGGGCCUCUACCCUGUUGGCUUCCUCUGCACUUUUCGAGGAGCCCAGGUGCCCCUCUUUUUUUUUUUCUGUUUGAGGAAGAUUCGCCCUGAGCUAACAUCUGUGCUAAUCUUCCUCCACUUUGUAUGUGGGUCACCGCAACAGCAUGGCUGAAAGGUAGUGUAGGUCCACAGUUGGGAUCCAAACCUGUGAACCCAGGCUGCUGAAGUGGCGUGUGCCAGACUCGACCACUGCACUACAGGGCUGGCCCCCCAGAUGCCUCUUUUCAAGCUGGGCUCUCCCCUCCCCCUCUGCUCCUCCCCUCUCCCCCCGUCCUUUCCCUCCAGUACCCUCUCAGCCCUGGAUGGCAGCUCUGGGGUGCCUGUCCCCCCAGCUCGGUGGACUGGAAGGGAGGGCCGUGCUCAAAGCAGGGCUCUCCAGUUCUCCCUCAGGCAGCUCGAGCAGCGACCGCCUGCUCCUCCUGGCUCACAGGGUAGGGGUCCUGGGUGGUCGGACAGGCCUCCUUGAGAGGGGAGCUCUCUGUGUUAGGGGUUUGUGUGGGGGCAAGCAGAUUUUUCUAGGAGGGAGAGGGUGCCCUCAGCCCCUGGACCUCAUCCAAGGCCCUUCCCAUCUGCCCCACCCUCCCCCGUGUUGUUGCACUUUGAAAAGCAGCUGAACAAGGAGUCAGAUGUUUGAAGAUGGCGGGAGGAGAGGCUGUGGCUGGGGCACACCAGUGGGCCACUCUGGGCCCGGGAGUUGGGCGCUAUUGUCUUUCCUGGCCCUGAACAUGGAGCCCCUGACUCAAGACAGCUUCCAGCUCCCGUCACAUCCUGGCCUGGGCUGUUUUCUCCUGGCUCCUCGUGUGUCCUGGUUCUCCCGUCUCCACCUAGACUGUAAGCCUCUCAAGGGCAGGGACCACGUCUUGUACUGCUCUGUCUCCUUUACAGCCUCUCCCCCAGUGCUGGUAUACAGCAGGUGCUCAAUAAAUAUUUUGUGAUAACUUUCCUUGUAA